AUGAACAAUUUUACAGAUGACUUAACCUCAUCUGUCCGACAGCCAACAAACCUCCGAUGGGGGAUGCUGUCACUUGUUAUUGUCAUUAUCUGUGCUGCUUCUGGUAAUUUACUGGUAUGCAUGGCUGUCUGCUGGGAACGUCGGCUCCAGAACAUGACAAAUUAUUUUCUCAUGUCGCUAGCAAUUGCUGACUUUCUGGUCUCGAUCCUUGUGAUGCCGCUCGGCAUGGUUGUAGAAAUUUUUGGUAAUUUGUUCAUAUCUAUUUCAAUUUGUUCAUAUCUAUCUAAUUUUGUUCGUUAUCUAUCUAUCUAUCUAUAUAUUUCAAUUUCAUCAUAUUCAUCUUAUUUUGUUCAUUAUCUAUCUAUCUCUAUCUAUCUCUAUCUAUCUCAGUCUGUUCAUAUCUAUAUAUCUAUCUCAAUUUGUUCAUAUCUAUCUAUUUCAACUUCAUCAUAUCUAUCUAUCUCAGUUUGUUCAUAUCUAUUUCAAUUUGUUCAUAUCUAUCUAAUUUUGUUCAUUAUCUAUCUAUCUAUCUAUCUAUCUAUCUAUCUAUCUAUCUAUCUAUCUCAGUCUGUUCAUAUUUAUAUAUCUAUCUCAAUUUGUUCAUAUCUAUCUAUCUCAACUUCAUCAUAUCUAUCUAUCUCAUUCAUAUCUAAAUCACAAAUUGUUUCUAUCUAUCUAUCUAUCUAUCUAUCUAUCUAUCUAUCUAUCUAUCUGUCUGUCUGUCUAUCUGUCUGUCAGUUCUUUCUGGAGAUUCUGUUUCUUCCCGAUGAGUGCGCAUGUGUGUCUCUUCUGGAUCACAACAGACGUCUGAUGUGCACCGCCUCCAUUUGGCACAUGUCCACGAUGUCUAUGGACCGCUUUUUUCACCUUGAAGUACCCCAUGCGCUAUGGUCGCAACAAGACAAAGCACAUGCAGUCAGCUGUCCGAUCAGCAUUAACGGGUUGCUCGACACUCGGACAGUGUUCAAUGAGGGUAAGUGUGUUCCAACACUACCCACAUUCAUUAUCUAUGGCUCGGUGUUUGCCUUUUAUAUUCCUCUCCUAAUUAUGAUCGUCACUUACGGCUUGACAAUACAGAUCCUGUGGGAUAACCAGAAUCUGAUGACUCGCAUCGAGAAACUUGACAGAAGACCCUCCGAGAAAGCGGUCGUUGUCAAGAAAGAGUAUUCUGUCACUUCCCGGUCGCAACCUGAGGUGAAUCCUGAAAAUCCAAACCGUGCAGUUAUGUCAGAAACGGAAGGACCAGAUACCAAUAUCGUCGGAAUCAGCGAAAUCGGACAAGUUGAUAUCCCCCAAGCUCUGCUUCAACACCAUGAGAUCAGGGCAGCCAGGGCCCACUGGACGCAGUGUGACAGUGUUCGCAAUUCUUUCGACUCAGCCCAAACUACGAUCACAACCUGCACUCUCGGCUCGGAACAAGGGACCAGUAACGCACCCACGCGUCCCGGUUCUGAGUCGGUUCCACCUUUGAUUGACCCCAAGAAAAUGCGUCGGAAAAGCUUGCAAUUGCCUCUCCAAAGACGCCGUUGCUCUAAAGUACACUUUGAGAGGGUACCCUCCGCAGACCAUGUUAAGGAGGCCCCCAUUCCUUUGCCACUGUAUUCUUCAAAAUCGUAUUCGCAUCUGAUGGAGAUAAAUCAAUGGAAAGUUUCUUCAUUAGUAAAAGGUAGCCACUAUCAUAGCUAUCACGGUCUUAACAACAAUAUUAGCGUUGACCCCAAACAGAGUUACGACCGCAUGCCGGACGAUGUUCUACCUUGUCUCAUCGGGCUGGUCGAUGAAAACGAGAAUGAAAAUGAUGAUGUCUUCGAGGCGGGAGAUGAGGCAGCUCACUGCCGUUCAAUUCAAAACGGUCUGAUUCCAAUGAGAGUGUCUGUGUCUUCGGUCGAAGAGCCUGUAUCCGAAAAAGAUGAGGACGCCGAAUCUCAGGCGAAAGUUGUCAAUACGGACAGCUAUCAGAACAAGGUGAAAAGUACGUGUAACACUCCAGAGGAAAAUCCUGAAGGACAGCAGCUGGUCGCCUACAACGGAAACGUGCCGACCGGAACCAAGAAUUCGAAUCGCAAAAAAGAUUACCACAACAAAGUGACUCGCACGUUCCGUAAUUUCCUAAAAGAGCAUCUCAGGAAGGCCAACGAGAAGCCGAAAAUAAAGAAAGCUUUUCGCCAUCUUCUCAGCAACAAAACUGCCAGUAACGAAAAGAAAGCUUUGAAGGUUCUGGGAAUUAUCUUCGCAAUCUUCGUGAUCUUGUGGACUCCGUUUUUCAUCGUCAAUAUUAUAUCGGCGACUUGUACGGAUUGCAUGAGUAACGUGACGCCGGAGAUGAUGUCCGUUUUCCUAUGGAUGGGUUAUGUGGCUUCCUUGGCCAAUCCUCUCAUUUAUACAAUGUUCAACACGGCAUUCAGAAGGGCGUUCGUUAAAAUUCUCACUUGUAAAUAUCAAACACCGAGAGUGUAUAAUGAAAGCUCUUGCUUAAGCUUUGCUGCUUCAUGGCAUUUUGACAGAAGAAAUACUAUCAUGAUGUUUCUGAAAGAAGAAAUGUCUUAA